CGUCUACCAAAUCAUGUGUUCCACGUGCUACAAUAGAUAAUACUAAAUAUUAAAUCAAACACUUAAAAAAAAGGACGUACGAGUAAAACUGGAAUUCUGUUAUUUGUUCAGAGUGAACUCUUAUAAUUCUAGCUUCACUAGGAUUCAAAAUUUGUCUCUCUCUCUCUCUCUUUAUUUAUAUAUACUACGUCGUCUCCAAUUUUCACAACACUUGAUCGAUAUACAGCCCAUAAGAAAACCAAUAUUCACAGCAUUGAUCGAUCUACAACCAAUAAAUAAAUGGGAUGCGAGUUUCGGUACGUGAAUGAGUUGCCCGUGGGCUAUCGAUUCCGACCGAACGACGACGAACUCAUGGAGUAUUACUUGGGGAAUAAAGUGCUGGAUAAACCUGUGCCUGGUAAAGGUGUGAAGACUAUUGAUGCCGACGAGUUCUACAAAGAUCCUCCUCACAUUAUUGUAAAAAAGUACAACCCUCUGUCGGAAAUAGGCGAAAGAGAAUGGUAUUUCUUCGUUCGGCAUGUAAAGAAAACGGCGAACAAACAACAGGAAGGUAAAAAGGAAGAGAUUGUUGACGAUGAAAACAAACGCGUUUUGCUUGAGCAGAAGAAAGAAAACCAAGAGAAUAAUGCAAUUACUGUUUUGCUUGAGCAGAAUGAAAAAAACCAAGAGAAGGAAGAGAUUGUUGACGAUGAAAACAAACGCGUUUUACUCGAGCAGAUCAAAAAAAACCAAGAGAAUAAUGCAACUGUUUUGCUUGAGCAGAACGAAAAAAACCAAGAGAAGGAAGAGAUUGUUGACAAUGAAAACAAACGAGUUUUACUCGAGCAGAACAAAAAAGACCAAGAGACUAAAGCAACUGUUUUGCUCGAGGGGAGCAAAAAAAACCAAGAGAAUAAUAAAGCAACUGUUUUGCUUCAGGGGAGCAAAAAAAACCAAGAGAAUAAAGCAACUGUUUCGCUCGAGGGGAGCAAAACAAGCCAAGAGAAUAAAGCAACUUUUUUGCUCGACGGGAGCAAAAAAAACCAAGAGAAUAAAGCAACGAUUGACGAAGAAAACAAAAACGUUCGAAGGGUUGGAGAUAGGAUUGGAUAUUGGAAAUCAACUGGAAUAAAAGAGUACAUAAUAAAUGGUGACAAUAACAAAGUUUUUGCAUUCAAGAUUCAUUUUACCUUUUACAAAGGUAUCGGCAAGAUAACUCCUUGGACGAUGGACGAAUACCAUUUCUUGAAGUCACCGAAUCAAGAAAAUCAAAGGAUGGAUGAAUGGGUGUUGAUAAAAAUCAUGAGAGGAAAAGAUUACAACAAAUGCUGUUAGUUUAUCAUAGUUUUCGUUUCUUAUUGCGCACUCCCGUGCACCGGAUAGUUUAUCGAUAGUUUAUCGGAGUCGA